AGACGCGACCCCACCACCCCCGCCGCGCCCGGCGCGAAAGCAGCACGACCCACCCCGCUCCGGCCCCGCACCGCCCACAGGCCGCCGAGAGGAGGACGGCCACGCCGGCCACGGCCCGUCCCCCCCCCGCCGCCAAACACCGAGCAACCCUCCACUCCCAAACCGCGCACGAUGCACCGCACCACGCGCCACCGGCACCCGCCCCAACAGAGCGAAGCCACACCCCGACCCGGGGGCACUCCAAAGGGACCCCCGACGCCCGCAACCAGCCCACAACAGACACACACGAACCCCGGCCACAGGCGCGACCACCCACGCCCCCCCCGGACGACGCAACCACGGCAAGCGCCACGGCCAACCACCGAAACCCGGCACCGGAAGACGAGGCACGCCCCGACGCCCCGCAGAGCAGAAGCACCCCGGCCAGCACCACAAAAGAACCGAUGCCCGGCGCCCAGCCCCACCCAGCAGCAGCACAGCCACCAGGCCAGUAGCCCACGUCCGCCACCACGGAACCCCCCAAGAGCACCGCACGCGGCCGCCGCAGGACCCCCCCGCGGCGCCCCAGACCCCGCCCCGACGGGGGCAACAGUCCCCCGGGCCAGACCCGCCAGGCACCCCGCUCCGAGCACCCCCCCGAGCCCCCAGGACCCAAGGACCCCCGAACUAGCCCCCGCGCCCCACAAGACGCACCCCAUAGCCCCCCACUACACUAAGUGAUGGAGCCGAUCAAGGGAGCCCAGAGAGAUCGGUCUGAUGGGGAUGCAGAUGCUGUCUCAAGAUUAAUAUGAUCCAACAACAGAUCUCUGUACUGAUUGAUGUUGAGUUUAUCCUUACUCUUCCAAUUCAUGAGGAUAGU